UACAUGUGGUGAGCAAUUUUGCUAAGUGCAUCUCCAAGUAAUUGCAAGAAGAUUUCUUGUAGACGCUAUAGACGUGUAUAUGGUACUGAGUACUGGUACUAAAACAAAUAAAUUCUAAAACAAGGUUAUCCUAAUGGCCUAUGCAUCAAAGAAAUUAUUCAGGACAUACUCUCUCCUUGAUCGAGUUAUUCAUAAUGAGCCAUGGGACAUUCCUAAAUUCAAGGUUCCAUCAGCAAAGAAAGAUAUCUGGGAAGAUCAUUUCGAACAAGGUUUAAGACACUUAGAUGAGAAUAAAUCGAAUCUCGCUGAACAAUCGCUCAGUAAAGCCUUAAAAAUCCUAUCUGCUUCUCCAAUGAAAAAACACCUUAACAAAGAGAAAGCAACAUGCUUCCACGCUAUGGCGGAAAUCUAUUCAACCCGAGCAUCGCAGCAGAUGGAUGAUGACGGCUUUUGUGAAAUGAUGGUUAAAAGCUUCGCUCUUUUCGAGGCCGAGCGAAUUUACAAGCACGGCAGCUACAAGGCUGACGAGGAAAUCGACACAGCCAUCUUCGAAGCAGAAGUAAAGUUCAUUAGUAAAGUAUUUGGGGCUGUUGGUGUCGAUCAUUACAAGAAGAUGGAAAACAAAAAAAAUCUGAAUCGGCAAAAGAACUACGACUUAAGAGACCCGGAAACGAUACUUGUGAAAGGGCUUCAACAACAACCAUUUCUGGAUGUUUCGCCGAUGACAACAGCCAUGGCGUAUCUGCGUGUUUUACAACUUCCUAAGGCGAUCGAAUGUUUGCUUUCUGCAAAAGAUGAUUCAAUGAAUAUAAUGGACAGGCCUUCAAGACCAACAAGAUUCAAAGGACAAUGCCGUGAAUAA